CUCGAGGUUACCGGAAGUUGUUUCAGCUGCCAUGUUUGGUUGCUUUGUUGUAGGCUUCUACUAGAUUUCCUACAGAAUUAGUAAGUGUGGAAAUGGAGCCGAGCUGGAGUACGUUUCUUUUUCAACAGGCCAAUGAAGCCCUCCACCACCAGCACCAGGUGGCCCAGAAUAGCCUGCUGCCACUUCUUAAUGCUGGAUCUGAACAAAUUGAUCAGAAGCCUGUCCUGCCAAUCCAAAUAGACCAUAAACCACCCACCAGUGCUGCUGAUCUCCUUAAAGACAAUGUGGCCAGCGGAGGAGGUCCACGGCCACCAGUGCCUGUGAUAAAGAAGGAACAUAAAGGCAAAACGCCUUUCGUCUGUGGCUACUGUAACAAGGCCUUCCGCGACAGCUACCACCUGCGACGCCAUGAGUCCAGCCACACUGGUAUCAAGAUGGUCUCACGUCCGAAGAAGACGGCCCAAACAGCCCCCACCAUGGUGCCCAUGAUCGGUACCAUGCCGCGGGAGAACAACGGCAACUCGUCCUACAUCUCCACGGUAGCGGGCCUCCUCUCCACGGCAACCACCUCCGUUUCCUCAGGCACAAGCAUCAUGACGUCGUCUGUAAUGGGCAACAUGCCGCAACAGAAUGUCCCCAAGAAACCCGCCAAACCUGUCAAGAAAAACCACGGCUGCGAGAUGUGUGGCAAAGCCUUCCGUGACGUCUACCACCUGAAUCGUCACAAGCUGUCCCAUUCUGACGAGAAGCCCUUCGAGUGCCCAAUCUGCCAGCAACGCUUUAAGAGGAAGGAUCGGAUGACCUACCAUGUUCGCUCUCAUGAUGGGGGAGUCCACAAGCCCUAUGUUUGUUCUGUGUGUGGGAAAGGCUUUUCCAGGCCAGACCACUUGAGCUGCCAUGUGAAGCAUGUGCAUUCCUCCGAAAGACCGUUUAAAUGUCAAGUAACGGCCUGUACCUCUGCUUUCGCCACCAAAGACAGACUCCGUUCCCACAUGAUCCGACACGAGGGCAAGGUCACCUGCAGCAUCUGUGGGAAGAUGCUCAGCGCAGCCUACAUCACCAGUCAUUUGAAGACUCACGGACAGACCAACUUUAACUCCUGUAACAAAGAUGGCAAUGAUGUCUGCAAUUCUGCCUCUGUUACACCUGUGACCAUCUCUGCGCCCAUCACCUCGGCGAUGAACCGGGUCAACUUAAACAACAACCACCCCGUCACCAUAGCCGCGCAAAUGAACAUUAGCACCAACACGGUCAACAUCACAUCUCCAAUCAGCCUCCAGCACCCAGUGACCAUCACCGGGCCCGUCAACAUCGCCUCUGUGAACAUCCCCGCCACCGCGCCCAUGAAUAUCGCCCACCCGGUCGCGAUCACCACCCAGAUGCCAAUGAAUAUAGCCGGCCCGCUCAACAUCGCCAUGAGGCCAGUGGAUAGCAUGCCUUUUCUGUCCCAAGUCUUGCCUUCUUCCCCUCCCUGGUAAGAAGAAGGAGAGACUGGGUUGAACUGGCCAGAGAGGAAGGGGAAGUGAAGUGAAGUGAAACAAGAGACUCCUGUCUUCAUAUUUGCACCUCAAGCCCAGCUCUUCCUCCCCUUAGACGAUGUUCACCUCACCAAGCCUUGAAGUGAGCAUUUACGAGAGCUGUGCGGCCGGUAGGAGCUCCAUAAGUUGUGUCCCGACUAGGGUUAAGUGACUGGUAUGCGACACAGGACACUUGAGUAGGAUUUGAGUAGGAUUUAUCAUGAAAUCAGGACAGCCGUAAGACUUAGUGUAGUCAGUUAGAAUGAUGAAACUGUGAUUUGUAUCAUGACGAACCAGAGGGGAGGAUUCCUCAAGCACCCUUAAGGACUCCAGUAGGAAAAACACACCUGUGCUUUUGUAAAAGGGAGAUGUGAAAUGAACUGAAGCAAUAACCCCAAAUUGCUGUUUUCGAUGUUUUGCAAGUUCUCUCCCAAAGCCUCUGGGUGUUACUUUGUAUGUUGUUUUUUUUGUUUUGUUUUGUUUUUUUUUUUUUGUUUGUUUUUUUUGUUUUUUUUUUAAACUAUAGCCUGCUAAUCACUAUUUAAUGUCAUAGGAAAUGAGUCUAGUAAAAGGGACAGCAGCUUCCACUUGCAUGGAAGAAUAUUUUUUCACAAUGCUUUAGUGCUUUUUUUCCUUUCUUCUCAGAUAGUAGGUAUGCUCUUGAGGUACAGUGACUAACUUGUACAGUUGACAUAGUAAUGUAUUUUCACGUCAGCAUUUUUCAAUUUUGGUUUCGUGACUCAAGCGGAUAUCUCGACACUGUCCUCUUGAUUAUGAAAUAUUAGUACUUUGUUUUCUGUUUGUAUGGAAACACAAAGGUUUGCGUUUGUUUUUAUUAUCGUUAGUGUUGAUUUUUCCAUGAAGUCAGAAUGGAAUGAGUCUUGCACUGAAAGCAUAUCCUACACAAAGGUGAGCAGCAGUAUUAUCAAAGAUCAAAUUGGAGUCUUAAGUGUUUCGGUUAGCCAGCCUACACUUGAGGGCCAUCUAGUGGCUGGACACAGGAAGGCAGUGGCCUUGUAGUGAAGCUUGUUCAGGCUGUUGCCGUCAUCAUAAUGGUGACCAAGUAGCUUUGGCUGACUCUUCUGUCAACAAUUUUAUUUCUCAUUCUUUUUAUUUUAUAGCCCCAAGACGAUACCCUUCACUCAGGAAUCACACAGAAAAGCCCAUUACUCAUGAUUGUGGUUCUUAAACUGAUGUGUUGAUUUUUGACUUGUUCCCUUUUGGAUUCCUGAAGACAUUUGGCGUUGUGGUGUUAAAAGACGGGACUUCAAACAGGAACAAGAAGUCCAAGACUUAAUGAAAUAAAUAGCCGUCCAUUUAAAAUGAGAUAUAUACUGUGUAAUGGAAUACAUGCUGUACCCUUUUUACAUUUUCUUUCAAAUCCAGUUCAGUCUCAGUUGUCAUAGGUAUGUGACUGAGAGGAACUGUGUGAGUUGGAUAAAAAUGCAAGUUUGUGUCCUUUAAAAAAAUAAAAAAUAAAAAGCAGAGGGACAAAUUGGACGUUGCAUGACCCCGAACACUGUAGCUGUUGAACAUGAACUAUUUUUUAAAUGAAUGCCAUGUUAUCUCAGCAGUGUUGCAGCUCUUUGAGUUGGCUCAGUUACUGAAAAAAUGCAAUAUGCAUGUUUGUCAUUUUUUCCAAGUUUUGUUUUAAACAAACUAUUAGCAUAGCUUCUUUUUUUUUGUUCUUAUGCAUUUACGUAGAUACACUAUUAUAGCCUGUUUGCCAAAUUUGAAACUGUAAUAAUGUGAUAAACUGAAUAUUUCAUGUGGAAUUGAACAUCUCUUUAUUUUUAAGGAAAACAAUUAAUUGGAUAUUCCAGGACCCUUGUGAAAGCAGUUGAAUGUAUAUCUUUGUACAAAAUUAUUUUAGUUCCAAGGAUAUGGUAGUUACAAUAGAUGUGAAAGAUAAGAUAACCUUUUUUUAUAAAUCUUUUGUAUUAGAACAUUAACAUUGAUAAUUUUGUAUAUAUGAGAAGCUAGGCUUUCUGAUUAGCAGAAAGGUCAAACAUUCCUACAUUUUUUUUAAAUGUACGUUUGUCAGAUUAUUACAUAAACAUGCGCAAUGUUAUGUGCCUUUUAUUUGGGUUGUCUAAAUAAAAGAAAACUAUCCAAUGUG